AUGUCCAAGGCGUACUCAAAAUAUUACGAAGAUGAUGACCGUUAUGACCGAGAUGAAGAGACCUGUCGGAAGGUCCUCGAACGUGCCAAAGCUAUCAACAUCAAGAUCAGGUCGCUGGCAAUCGCCAACCACAAGCUCAAUCUGAUCCUCGCGAAAGAGGACAUGCAGAAAUCUGGCUUGGAGACGCUCCGCCGAUUCGCGAAAUGGGCUGUCUCAGAAUAUCCUGCGCCGGUGGAAGUGAUGUGCCUUUCUGGCGGCCAACGAUUAGAAGAGAGAAAAGGGUUGACGACCUCACGUACACCCCAGUUCCGAGAUCCAGACUAUGGUAAAACGCUUGCGGGAGAUCCUCCCUCAUGA